AUGUCGGCAGUAAUCUUUAGACCUGACAGCUUUUCAUUCAAUAUUAUUCCGAAUACUCUGUCUUUGAUCAUGAGCGUGCUGCCAUUUCGACAUAGUAAGCGGGCCAUGCGGAAGAAUGCAUAUGCGGAAUAUGCAUAUACAACUGGAGAAGACUGUAUUGAACCAGACAAGAUUCGCGAAGAGCUGUUGCAUAGCAUUAUGAAUGAUCUCAAACAGCCUCAAGCUAGACUUCAACUGAAUACGGAGAACGUAUACAAAGAUCAGAUAGGCUAUACGACUGGAAAGGGAGGCGAAACUGCGCUACAUCAAGCAAUUGGCUCUAAGAAGCCUCGGGUUUGGAGGUUGGCUGAAAGAAUGUGCGAUUUGGGGGCUGAAUACCUCAUUCGAAAUGCUAUAGCCAAACCGAAUAGUCGGGGUGAAAAUUACUUACACCUGGCAAUAAUACACGGCAAUGAAAUUGACAUGAGGCUUAUAUCCUUAACUGACAAGUCUGCCUUUAUGCAGACACGCAUUUGCAAGGAUUUGGAUAAGAGGGCACUACCUAAUGGCAGCAAUACACCCCUUCAUAACACCGUCAAAUAUGAGCGGUCUCUUUUUAAGAAGCCCAAAUGCGUCAAUAUAGGCAAGGGUAACAAGAAUUGCUCCUGUGAGGAAGAUUUGCCCAAGUUCAAAGACCGAAGAGAUCGGGCUGUGAUUCUUGUCAACAGCUUAAUCGACAGCUAUGAUACAGUGCUGAAGGUUAAGAAUGCCUCUGAUGAGUCUCCAUAUCUCUACCAUCUCAAAGGAAAAGAAAAUUUUACUCAGCCUGCCAUCCAGGAGAUGCAAAAUCACUGCACGUACCCACUAAUUGAUGACGCCUCCGAUGACAUACUAAGAUUGCUGCUUGAAUCAGCCUAUGCAAUCGGCAGCUUUGAAGAUGCAUGUUCUUGCUUCUUUGGUGAUCAAACUGACUUCGUGGCCAUGAAAAAGGCAAAAGCUCCCCAUUGCGGCCAGGUUAUCCUAUCAUGGGCUGCACACACAAGAUAUAUGGCCAACUUAUCCCCAGAGAUGCCAGUAUAUGACGCUAGGCACCACGUUCUUCCAACCUGCCCACAAAAGGUCACAGCGAUCUGCGGCUUUAUGCGAAAAGCCUACCAGGAUUAUUCUAUACGCGCUCUGCGACCCGCACAAUUUACUUCCCUAGUAUUGGCAGUUGAAUGUCUCGAUGAGGACGAACUAUGCUCUGACCUUCUCAACGUACAAGACACCAGGACGCGUGAAAGGCAUCUUUCAUCCUCUACGGAGAAUCUUCAGAUGAACUAG